AUGCCCUUCAAAUCGAAUUUCAAGACACAAAUGUACACAAAUAAACAAAGCAAAUCCAAAAAAAGGAGAGUUUUUUUUUCCUAUUUGACAGUAUACUUGGAGUGGUGGGGGGUGGAAAUCUACGGAGACUUCUGCCCUGCCUGUCUUCGUCUUUACCAAGUGGUGAGCUCACUCUACAAAUAUAUGUUCCUUUAUCCUUUUCAAUUCCGAAGAAGAGGUACGAUACCCAACGGACAUCAAAAAAAGGGGAGAGAGAUGAAAAAAAUUGUAGUAAAUAGAGGUCAUAAAAUUCAUAUUACAGAGAGUUGGAUAUUACGUUCUAGUAUUCCAGAAUCAAUAAUACCAAUUACCAUGAAAUCGGUAGUGAUCCAAAGAUAG